AUGGCCCGCAUCGGCACCACCGUGCUGCUCCUGCUGGCGGCGGCGUGCGCAUGCGCGCACGCGCAGGACAUCGUGGAUAACCCGUUCCCCAAGAACGGCGACGUCUGCCACGACCUUGGGGACCAGUGGAAGACCAUCAAGCUGGGCACGUGCGAGGCGGGCACCGUCUGCCAGGGCUACAAGCGCGGCGUGUUCAAGUGCAUCUCGACCGAUAAGUCUAAGGGCGCCCUGGCCAUCGGCACCGUGUGCUACGACGAGAACAAGGUCGACCAGAAGGACAAGGCCGAGGGCGAGAAGUGGCGCAAGUACUACCGCGAGCGCAACUGCGCGUGGGAGGGCACCGACAAGCAGGGCACCCCCAUCGUGCAGUGCAUCCAGACCAAGGAGGACCAGAAGAUCUACAAGUGCGGCCGCAUCCUGCCCCUCUUCCAGAAGGGCUGCUUCACCGUCAGCGGCUCGAUGAUCUGGGGCAAGUGGAACGACAACCAGAUGUACGACGCGUGCAACGGCUGCCCCUGCUCGCCGCCGGACAAGGUCAAGUGCAAGGCCGGGCCCUGCAAGUACCCCAAGUGCCACUGCACCGAGGAGUGCACCCCGGAGCGCCAGAAGCUCCGCUGCCCCACCGCUUGA